AGUGCUUGCAAAAUUUAGCAGUGUUAAAAAAAGUUUAGAAAACCUAAAACAAGGAUCCACAAAAAAACACACACACACCCGUCCCAGCAGUCCCAACGACCCUUCGUUGUGGCGGUGGAAACGACGGGGCUAAUAAAAUCGUGUUUUUCAUUCUCCCGCCGGUAGAAAACGGUGCGCGCGUGUGUUUGGAUAAUUUAAGUGCACCGGCCCCGGCCGCAAAACAGUGACAGUGAAAAAGUUCUUGUUGGGCCAGGGCGCGGCAACAAGCGUUCGCUAGCAACAUACCGCAACAUACAGCAUUGCUCCAUUCUUCCCAUUCUUUGAUUGGUGUACGUUGUGCGUCAUAUUGCAAACUUAUAUAUUAGCACACAGCUCUACCAAGCGGAUACAUCAACGUAUAUGCAUAUUAUCCCCCCGGUUUUUGCCAGUUAGUGUUGGCAAAGCAAAAAUAGAAACAAACAAGCAACGGCAAAUAAAACCCCAAACAAAAAAGGUUUUCCCUGUUUAUAAGUACAUAUAGCCAGCAGCAGCGUACAUAUAUAUACAUACAUAGUAGCUUCUACUAAUCCAAGUACUAUAAAUAUUAUUGUAUAGAGUUCGUAGUGCAGCAAACGCAACGGUCCUAUAUCUAGCCAAAAAAGGAAUAUUCGUUAAAGCGCUUCAAGAAAACACGUUGAGUAGCUUGUUGUCGACUACUUGUUGAAGCUUCGGCCCCCGGGGUGUGAGCAACCAAUUUUUUGACUGCUGCUUGUUUGAUGUGUGGGCAGCUAGACACACACACACAUACACAUAUUCGAAGAAGCAUCUAGAUCUUAUCCAUCCAGCGAGGCAAGGUGAAGCAAAAAUCAAAGCACCUACGCAAUAUUUUGUUAGACUAAACGGACGGAUUUGGGUAGAUUCGCUCGAACGAGAGAGAGAGAGAGAGAGAGAGAGAGAGAGAAAGACCCUGCAAGACUAAUAAGUGUUAAUACCCUCGCAGGCACGUGUGUCAGAAUAGGGGGACAGCAAACAGGGAAGCGGUGAAAAUUAAAUCCUUCUUCAAUGAAAACGCUUUCCAGUUCAGAAUAGCCCUACGAGUGAACGUGUUACGCACAAGAAAUUGGUUUCUUGUAAGCUUGUAAAAAAGCAAACCCCACCCAGCAUAGAAAACAAAAAACAACGCCCAAGUAAGCUCCGGAUCAAGGGACGAGUCCCCCCCACACACACACACACACCCUUCCCCGGGACAGUUCUGAGCCGUCGCGCGUUGCUUGGGCGUGGUUGGUUGGAAAAAGUUUACAAAAAUUGUGUGGACGAGAUCAUCGAAUUUUGGGUGUUAGCAAAAAAAAGGAGCCUGCAAACACACUGCAGCAUUUGGGUAAGAAGAGGAAGGAAGAAAGGCUGUAAAGUGUUGAAACAGAAAGAGAGGGAGAGAAGUUUAAUAUAGAAAAGAAAAAACAUUAACAACAAGUUCAAACGAUGUAAAAAAACUGACUGUUAGUACGAACCGGAACGAAACGCGUACUGAAUGUUCCAGUAACUCUGCAGCAGCAAAAACAAGUGAAUUUCCAAGAAGCAGAAUCACUAAAGCAAAAGGUAGAAAGUGAAGCAACAAGACACACAUACACACACAAACACAACCAACAACAACCAAACAAGGUUCAGUCUUCUAUGAAUUGUGACACGCCGGUACAGCGCACCGUAGCACGAAGGCCGCACGGAAGAUGUCCACUCUGAAGGAACGCAACAAAAUGUGCCAUUCUAAUUUAAUAUUCAUUGUGCUCUUCAUUUGUACUGAUUAUGUAACGGGCGAUAUCAGUACAUCCUUAGCCUUAAGUAAGUUGAACUCUGGUGCAACAUUUUUCGCUGGACCAUACCUAGACGGGAGCGGCGUUAGCAAUGUAACUACACAAAUCGGAACACAUGCAUAUCUGCCGUGCAAGGUGAAACAGCUAGGGAACAAAUCUGUUUCGUGGGUACGAGUGAGAGAUGAUCACAUUCUCACAGUGGACAGGAUGACAUUUAUAGCCGACGAGCGCUUUCAAUCAUUCUACGUGGAGAGCAGCGGCGUAUGGACGCUGCAGAUCAAAUACGUGCAGGCCCGUGACGCUGGCAUUUACGAGUGUCAGGUGUCGACGGAACCGAAAAUCAGCGCCCGAGUACAUCUGCAUGUCGUUGUGCCAAGAACCGAGCUUAUAGGUGACUCCGAUCGCUACGUCAAGGCCGGCAGUGCCGUCAUCCUGCGAUGUGUGGUCCGGGGCGCCCUCGAGCCACCCUCCUACAUCAUCUGGUACCACGGUACGCAGCAGAUCUUCACCGAGAGCCGGCGCGGCUGGAAGACGCAGCUGGACCGCGGUGCACCCGAUCUCGAUGGGGACAUCCACAGUACGAUUGGCUCGCUGAUAAUAGAAUCGACGAGAAAGAAGGACUCCGGAAAUUACUCCUGCAGCCCAUCCAACAGUCCACCGAUCACUGUCUCACUGCACGUUAUCAACGGAGAAUCGUCUGCAUCCGCUGUCACGUCAUCGGCAAGAUCGCUGUUUGAUGACAGCAUAUCGAUGUUCAAGCAGCGCAAUCUACAGAUUCUACUCCGGCAUAGGUCAUUUGUUAUGCUACUUGUAUUGGUUAUCUAUGCUCAGCUAAGCUGUCAUGUGAACUAUAGUCUUUAAGCAUAAAGUUAGACGUAUUAAGGCAGAUUUAGAGCAGCAGCAGCAGCAACAAGCAACAAAGGGGGGGAGAAACGGGAGGGAAGAAAUGGGAAACGCAAGCGUUCGCAAGAGAUAAACAAAAAAAGGGGGGGCAAGCAAAAAGCCCACUUAUCCACAGGCAAAAAAAGAGGGAAAAGAAAAACAAACAAAAAUCAAAGCAAAUGAGAGAGAAAGAGAGAGAAAAAAGUACACAAGACGCGACGCAAACGUAAUGAUAAGUUAUAAUACAACCAAAACAAAACAAAAACUAAGAAAAAAAAAUACCGAACAAGUAAAAGGUAAUUCGAAAAUCAUCCACGUCCAUUCUCUAUCGCUAAAUACACACACUUAAAGUGGUAAGGUAAGAAGACCGGCAGACUACCGGCCCCCAUCCCGGUUGCUGCUAAACCGAACGGGGUCGAGAGGUAAAAAUUUUGCUCACAUAUAAAGAACAAAAAACAAACGGUGAAACUCGAAUCUCGAAUCAUUACACACAAGACACAACAAAGACACAGGAGAAUAAGGAGAAGAAAAAAAAUACAACGGUUAAAUGAAGCUCAUUCUCGACUGAUAAGAAGGCGGCUGCAAGAAAAAAAAGAGGGAUGAGAAAAAAGAGCCAAGUGAAAAUGUUUCAGUAGAGUUUUGUUAGGGAAUGGUUUGGAAUGCCAGGAAUGACGGAAGGAGCACACAUAACAAAAACAAACAACAAACACAAGCACACACACACAUACGCAGGGAAAGCUCUAAAGACGGAUGGGCUAAUCGUGACGAAACAGGAACGUGUUUUUCCCGCCAAGCGAACAAGUGGCAAAGUUCAAACGAGUGGAAAGCUGCUGCUGGUCAAACGCUGAAGCAAGGGCAGACCACAGGGACUGACACGCAGUACGCACGUUGUAAGCAGGUGGCAGCGCACCUGCAGAUUGUUUGUUGAUUUUGUUUCGUAUUUUUUUGUUUCUUUGCGGUUGUGGUAGCGCGUAAGAUGCUUCAAGUUAGCCUCUAGCUCCCUCUCUUCGUUUCUCUUUCUCGCAUCACAAAACGGUUUCCAUGUGGGUUGGAAUUGGCCUGUUUUUUUGUUGUUGUUGGUGUGGCCUAUGUGGUCACUGGAGUUCAAGACAGACCAUCCAGCGCUGCUCGUCGAUUUUGGGUUAUUUAUGCUGUUUUUCGUCCUCAACCGUGUGUUACAAACGGUAGCAAAGAAAAACACACCCACAAAAACAUUCCUAUAAGCAUUUCAUGCGUGUGGGUGUGAGUUUUUUGACGAGAACACACUCACUUCGAACGGACAGCCCACAGCAGCAUCCAGCUCCAAUUUGGUUAAGCAAGUCCCCCGAAAACUUUACUCCAUCAAUGUCAAUGUUUUUCUGCUCUGCAAGGAAGAUGAAAUUUUCCUACUACUUGUGUUUUUUUUUUUUUGGUUUUGGGUCACCGACGGCCCCUCCUUGUGUGCUUUGUUCGGUUCAGUUUUUUGCUCCCAAGGAAGUUUUAUGCUCUAGUUUUGGGCCUUGGCGCAAACAGAGUGUGUCACUGUGUGGGUGAGAGCGUACGCUAUUCGAUCAUGUCGUUAGCGUCGGCUGCUUCAUGAUGAAGCAGGUGAUGAUGAUGAUGAGGGAGAGCAUAUUUUCGUUUCACCAGUGGGCACGGCACGGUUUGAAAAUAUGAUGUAGUCGUGUUUUGUUGUUAUCGGACCCACUCGACGAGUCACAGAGCGUGGAAACAACUUUUCUACUAUCUGGAACACGUGCGCAGAACGAGAAAAAACGUGGCGUCUUUGUUGAAGAGCGUUGUAGAAAGAAGAAAGAGGAAGAUAUUGCCUGUGAAAAAUAUACACAAACAAACAAACACAAGACUUCACACAAAUAUCGCUCACCCAACGAAAAGUGUGAAAUAACAGGAGACAGGAAAACAGGUAUAUACAGCAUACAAAAAGAUAAAAACACACACACACACACUCACAUACGGUAAAAACAGAAAAUCAUCGUUAGCAAAACAGUCCUACUGAUACGUUAAUAUAAAUAAUCAUUUUAUUGAACCCAACAGAACAAGAAGGAGCGUGGGGAACAGAAGAGCGAAAAAAAAAACAAAGCGAAGAACUGAACAAAUUGAACAAAGCAUCUACUAAAACACACACACUCGAACUAACCAGAAUAUCCAAGAGCGUAACGCAAAGUGGUGUAAGUUAAUUGACAAACGAAAGCGAACAAAUCGUGCUGUCACAAAUUCACAGUCACAUGUUAUACUCUACUACGAGCGAUAGUAAGAAACUGAGACGGAGGGAGACGGAAGGAGACGCCAAGUAAUAACUAUUAAAAUAAACGAUAAACAGACAGAGGCAAACCAAACAAUGGGAAGAGCGAAGAAGAACGCAAACAGUAAACAAAACAUACCAGAAAAGCAAAAAAUUAACCACCCCCUCCCUAAUACCACAACCGGUGCGUGGAAGAGGAAGCAGAAUACGAAACGGAAACAGUUCUGUUUCGCUGUCAUGUAAAAUGUUAUAACUUACUUAUACUACUACAACAAGUUGCCAGUGCAAUGUAUGUGUGUAUGUGCAGGAGGGAGUGUGGACAGGGGUGGGGCAGUAAGAUUGCAAACACACAACAUGUAACAGUGACACAGCCACAUCAAACAGACGUACAAAAGAAGCUACAACUACUACACAACGCCAUCCCAUUAAAACGAAACAAAAAAAAACGAACACACAAUACAAACACACACGCGCAUACACGUAUGUAACACAGUCCAUGCGGCCACGCAGCAGAGUAAAUCAGUAUUUGAGGAUCAGGAUCAGCGAAACAAAGCGUUCAAUUUUAAAUCCGGAAUGGUACACGGCACAAGGAAAACGGUAAACGAUCCUUCAAAUGCAUGCAAAGUGAGUGAUUGUAAGGCAAGCAAAGAGGAUCACUUACUACCCCCGGAAAGGAGCAUCAUUUGAGCAUCUUCACCAUCAUCAACUUCAUCGCAGUCGUGGCCAACGCUCAACACUGGACUGUCCGGAAAUGCAGAAGGUAAGCAUGCAUCGCCUAAACAAACGAAGCCAACCGAAUGGCGUCCAAAACAAACAAACAAAAAUCGAAAAAGAGAGGAAGAAAAAGAAAGAAAGAGAAAGAGUAAAAGGAACGAACAACGGUUGCCAUAAAGGAUGCAGAUUAAUGUUUCAGCAAGUAUGUAAAGCAAAGGUAAACGUAUCAAAUAAAAAGGCAAAAAACGGGAAAAAAACAAAACACAACAUAAACAAAGAAACACAAACAAAAAAAAACACAAACACACAUACCAAACGAAAAUAAAAAGGAAACACAAACCAUAGAAGGAAAAAGAAACACAAAACAAUUAAACACAAAACCACAACUCAUCGACACGCAAAACACGGAGAGGAUAAAAACCAAACAGAAGAAGAAAAAAAGCGAAAGAAGAGAAGAGAGAAAAAAACAAGAAAACACAUGGAAAAAAGUGGAAAAGAAAAUAUUGUAGUUAUAUAUUAGUUAGGUAAUUCAUGAAAAAUUAUAUUGUACAUAUUUUUAUAUUUUAAUCCUCAGUUGAAUAAAAAACCAAACAUAUUUUUUUUAAUGAAA